AACACAAUAUGGCCGUCUCUUCCUCUGCAGCAUCCAUCAUUUGCACACUGAUAGGCUCAAUCGGUCUUUUACUCCCAUCAUUGGGUUAUCUAAUUGCUCAAAUUGUUCUCCAAGUGAAAGAUGGCUAUCACCCAGAAGGUGGAGAACUUGCCUUCACCAUUCUCACCUAUGUUGCACUCUCUGUUUUCAUCUUGACUGGAGUAGUUGGUGUUGCUUCUGUGAUUGACUGUUUCGGAAAUGAACCAGGAAAACUCUCCAAAUAUUUACUUGGUUGUGCUUUCCAUUGGAUGAUUUGGAUUUUAAUUUCGAUGGGAGCAACCAUUGCACUGAUUGUUAUUUAUUCAUUGGCUCUGAGUGAGAAUAUCAAGAAGCCUAACAGUAACACUGAGGAGUCAACAAAUCAAAAGAUUAUUAUCGGAUCUUGGAUUGGAGCUAGUGGAGCUAUUUUAUUGUUCUGUUUAUUGCCUCUUUGUUGUUGUGGAUUGAAUAGAAUUAUUGUAACUGCUCGUUCAAGAGGUUCUUCAUCACCAUCACAAUAUUCACAAUUAAAUAAUGAUGAUUUGUAAUUCUUCCAUUUGGUUCGGAAUGUAUAAUUGUGAGAGUGGUAGUAUUUAAUAUAUUAUAUAGUAUAAGGCAAAUAAAAACAAAAGUAACUAUUAUUUAUAAUAUA